AUGGUCAAUGAAGCAAACUCUGUCAAGUUUCUGGUCCUCAAUGAGACCAACUACACAGACUGGGUCAUGCGCAUGGAGGCUGACAAGAAGGGCCACACAAAGUGCGAGUGUAAGACAGUGUUCAAGGAGGCUGAGAGCUCAGAGGAUGAGAAGGCAAAGAAGAAGGAUGAUGCACGAAUGAAUGUAUUGCAUGCAUCAGAGGGCCACAUUCAGCUCUUCUAG